AUGGACCCACAGAACUAUUCCUUGGUGUCAGAAUUUGUGUUGCAUGGACUCUGCACUUCACGACAUCUUCAAAAUUUUUUCUUUAUAUUUUUCUUUGGGAUCGAUGUGGCCAUUAUGCUGGGUAACCUUCUCAUUUUGGUCACUGUAAUUUCUGAUCCCUGCCUGCACUCCUCCCCUAUGUACUUCCUGCUGGGGAACCUAGCUUUCCUGGACAUGUGGCUGGCCUCAUUUGCCACUCCCAAGAUGAUCAGGGAUUUCCUUAGUGAUCAAAAACUCAUCUCCUUUGGAGGAUGUAUGGCUCAAAUCUUCUUCUUGCACUUUACUGGUGGGGCUGAGAUGGUGCUCCUGGUUUCCAUGGCCUAUGACAGAUAUGUGGCCAUAUGCAAACCCUUGCAUUACAUGACUUUGAUGAGUUGGCAGACUUGCAUCAGGCUGGUGCUGGCUUCAUGGGUCGUUGGAUUUGUGCACUCCAUCAGUCAAGUGGCUUUCACUGUAAAUUUGCCUUACUGUGGCCCCAGUGAGGUAGACAGCUUCUUCUGUGACCUCCCUCUGGUGAUCAAACUUGCCUGCAUGGACACCUAUGUCUUGGGUAUAAUUAUGAUCUCAGACAGUGGGUUGCUUUCCUUGAGCUGUUUUCUGCUCCUCCUGAUCUCUUACACCGUGAUCCUCCUCACUAUCAGACAGCGUGCUGCCGGUAGCACAUCCAAAGCACUCUCCACUUGAUCUGCACAUAUCAUGGUAGUGACGCUGUUCUUUGGCCCUUGCAUUUUUAUUUAUGUGCAGCCUUUCAGUAGGUUCUCUGUGGACAAGCUGCUGUCUGUGUUUUAUACCAUUUUUACUCCACUCCUGAACCCCAUUAUCUACACAUUGAGAAAUGAGGAGAUGAAAGCAGCUAUGGAGAAACUGCAAACGCGACGGGUGAAUUUUCAAUGA